CCGCCGGGGCCUCGGCCAAGGGGCGCCCUCAGAGGCCGCCGGGGCCUCGGCCAAGGGGCGCCCUCAGAGGCCGCCGGGGCCUCGGCCAAGGGGCGCCCUCAGAGGCCGCCGGGGCCUCGGCCAAGGGGCGCCCUCAGAGGCGGCGGCCGCUGCUCGGGAGCCGGGGCCAGCUCAUGCUGCCUCCUCUUCUUCAACCUCCCGUUUCCGUGCCAGACCCACAGCCUCUCGUAGAUCUCAAGCUGGAAGGAGCCUUAGAGGCCGAUCCAAACGCCUCCUUUUGCAGAAGAGAAAAUAAAAUCGAGGAACGGAGACAUUUAUUCACACGUGCUUUGCUCAGCCCUCGGACCACUUGGGGUCUUUUCCAUGGCCAAGAUCUGUCCCUUUCCAUGUUUCCACCAUUCUACAACUACCUCCCCCUCCCCCCGUUGGCUGCUUCUUGCGCAACCCAGGGAUAGUUUUUACAAUCUGUGAUGAUGGGAAGCCGGGUCUUAAACUUCGCCAUCAUCCCCCAUAAUGUCUAGCUGAGGACUGAACCCUAGGAGUCUUCCCUGCGGACUUGGGGUUUCAUUUUUCCUCCUUAAAGCAUAGCCGACGCUAAGGGGGGGUCUGUCCAGGAGCUUGGCCCCGAUGAUUAAUGAGUGUUCCUGCCUGUUCUGGGCUGGAACCGAAACAGGAUAUUCUGCCUUCCUGAAUCUAUCUGGGCCCAUUCCCCUCCCUCACAUGUCCAGAUCCGGGCCUGGAAUUAGGCUCCAAAAGGAAACCGUUAUUGGCCACUCUGGCCUGCGGUCAGAGCUUCAGCCCCCCCCCCCCUCCCCUCUCCAUCCUGGCUACUACCAGGGUCAUCCUCAGUUCUCAAUCCUAGUGCCUCCGGGGCAGGCGUGGGGUUGGGAAGGGGUAGAGAGAAGGCAAAAGUCAAGGCUCGGGUGCUUGGGGAGGGGAAGGUGGGAGCUAAUCAGGAAGGAGAAGCCACUGCAGGUCACAGCCCUUGCUGAGUCACUCACUGCCGUCCCACCUGCCCCUGCCAGUCUCUGGGCAGAAAAAUGAUACCUGAGUGUGAGGGAAGGCACAAGUUCCAGGAGAAGGUUAUUACACUCUCCACCCCACCCCAACAGGACACCCACAAACACAGCCAGCCAGCCCUUGGAUUUCUCGGAGAUAAGAGGCCGCAAGGUCUUUAUGGCCCAUGUCUGGGGACGAGGUCUCCCCGAGAGAGAUCAAAGCUGAGACAGGUAUUUCGGAAGCUCCCUGCCCUAGUGUCUCUGAAGUAGAGCAGCUCCUGAGAUCAGGGGAGGUCUGUGGCAGCAGCCAUGUGGAUGAAGUCUGGCCCAAUCUCUACCUAGGAGAUGCGGCCACAGCCAACAAUCGCUUUGAACUGUGGAAACUAGGGAUCACUCACGUGCUGAAUGCAGCCCAUGGAGGGCUCUACUGCCAGGGGGGACCCGACUUCUACGGCAGCUGUGUGAGCUACCUGGGGGUGCCCGCUCACGACCUUCCUGACUUCAACAUCAGUGCCUACUUUUCUUCAGCUGCUGAUUUUAUCCACAAUGCCCUUCUCACCCCUGGGGCCAAGGUCCUAGUUCACUGUGUGGUGGGGGUCAGCCGAUCGGCCACUCUGGUCCUGGCUUACCUCAUGCUGAGGCAAGGGCUGACCCUGCUGCAGGCUGUGAGUUCCGUGAGACAACGCCGUUGGAUCUUCCCCAACUCUGGCUUCCUCAAGCAGCUGUGCCAGUUGGACAGGCAGCUUCAGGGAAAAGGGGGCACGUCAAGGGACUGAGGGAGCAGCCCCCCAUCGCUUGUGGUCCUCACCUACCAGGAGACCGUCUCUCUGCCCUUCCAAGGGGGAUAGGACAGCCGACAGAAACAUCACCAAAAAGGAGAUUUCUGUCUCUGCAAGACCAGGGCUGAUUUGGGGUGCAGGAGGAUUAGGGGCCAGGACUGGUGUCUUGUCCAGGACAGUUCUGGAUGCCAUACUUUUAAGAAGAUUCUUAGUAAGUCAGAAUGUGUCCAGAAUAGUUAAUCAUGGCAACCAAGCAUGGCAAAAAGGAUUGAAUCUGUGGGAAGAUUGGUUAAAGAAACUCUGGAGAAGUUUUAAGAAGACUUAAAAACAUGGACUCAAGAGAGGAAGGUAGUCUAGCCUGGAAUGCUUCUUAAGGAGCUAAAUCUUUGGGUCCCUUGAUGGGGAAUGGGUCAGUGGCUAAAGUGACUUUUUGGAUGAAAAAGAAAUUUCAGAAUGAGUCUAUUCUACAAGUGAAAGAGUAGGAAGGGAAGAUGAAAAAGAAAAAAAAAACAGAAAAAGAAGAAA